AUGAGUUUUGAACUAGGUGGAAAAUGUUUGGCGUUUCAUGGCCCAUUGUUAUAUGAAGCCAAGAUCUUAAAGAUUUGGAAUUCAAAAGAGGAUAGCAUAACUAGAUUGAAUAAUGAUGUUGUUGAUGAAUCAGAUAGACCAGAAUCUCCUGUUGAAGGCGAUUUCUUGUACUUUGUACACUAUCAGGGUUGGAAAGCUAGUUGGGACGAAUGGAUCGGUGAAGAUAGGAUUAAAGAAUAUAAUGAAGAGAAUGUGGAGUUGAAAAAGAAAUUGAUUGCUGAUGCUAAAAAUGCAAAGAAGGAACUACAGAAAUCUCAGCAACAGCAGAAGAAAAAAUCACAGGCUUCACUGUCAACUCAAUAUGCUUCAACUGGAAGUGAAUCGAGAAAAAAAGCGGUGGAAUCUGCUUUAUAUUCCAAUUCUCUUUACACCACUUCUUCAUCUUCAUCAUCUGCUACCUCCUCGAUAUCGAAUUUUGGUAAUAUGAACCAUCAUCCUCCAAAACUAGUAAUGCACAUCCCAUCAAAAUUAAGGAGUGUAUUGGUCAACGAUUGGGAAUAUGUGACGAGGAACAAACAGAUUCUAAAACUACCUUCAGACAGAAACAUCAAGCAGAUCCUGGAUCUCUACGAAACUGAGGCAUCGAAAGUUCUGGAAUCCCCAGCUUCGCAAUCCCAACUACGGGAGUUCUGCGACGGAUUUAAACUCUACUUUGAGAACUCAUUACCAGUAUGUCUACUCUAUAGAAUAGAACGUUUACAAUUCGAAGAAUUAAAAGAUAAGACUAACCUGAUUGAAAAGUACGGAUCCAUACAUUUACUAAGACUCCUAAGCAUAAUCCCAGAAUUGAUAAGCAAUUCGCUUACAAUGGAUAAACAAUCGUCUCAAUUGAUUAUAAAACAAUCUGAACUUCUAUUACAAUGGUUACUAUUCAAUGAUGAAAAGUUGAAUUUGUUCCCGCAUCCAUACAGUGUAAACAAUUUUUAUGUAAAUACUUCAUCUCAAUACGAAGGCGUAGCAUUAGGAAUGUAA